AUGGGCAGUGUAUUUGAGAAAGUCACAGAAGUUGUGGUCAAAGAAAUGGAUGCUGGAGGAUCUAUGGUUGCCGUCAGAAGCAUUGCUAGUUCUGACAAAUAUAGAUGCUUAAGUCUGGUGAAGAGAAAGAACAGUGGUUUUGGAUGCCAUUACUGCGACACAGGCCUCACUUUGAUGGACAUACUGGAGAGGCAGGAGGGUGAUGAUGUGGAUUCUAGUGCCCAAGGUCCACUUGCAGGUAUUUUGCAUUGUCAAAAAAAGGUUAACAUGAUCGUGUCAGGGGUGUGUUGUGAAAAAAUAACAAUUAGAGGGAACUACAAAAAUUCCCAGAAACAGGAAAUUAGUAUAAUGAGGGACCGCACACCCCAAGAAUAUCUGAAUUCUCUGGAGAACAGGAAGCUGAAGGAAAAUCUACCUCCUAAGUUUAGGAAAAUCCGCAGAAUGAAAGAAGACCUGUAUUUGGUGACAGAAACUCUGAAGAAUGAAAAGCAAGAAACCCUGACAGACAGCUGGGCAUACAAAUUUUGGGGCAUGUUUGAUUUCUUACCUCUUGGUCUUGGAGUCAACUACAAGACCAAAGUUGGUUUAGAUAUUUAUGACUCGGACCAAACAACCUCCUUCCCAAAAAGUGAGGCCUUGCAUUCAGAGGAUACCAGAAACCUGAAAGAGAAAGUGGAAGACAUGGAGGAAAGCCUUAUGGAUCUGACAGAGGCAGAGAAACAGGAUGUGCUCAAGUGCCUCACUAACUGCCUCAGAGAUGACCAGAGCUGCAGAAGCUACAGCAGAGAAGAGGAGGAGGAAGAGGAGGCAGCAGUUACUCUCAUACUUUGCCUCUUUAAUGAUGCUGGGAUCUUGAUAGAGAAGCGCGCGGAAGCCAUUCUGACCGUCCUGGAUGCCUUGAUGGGGCUAUCUGAGGAGCUGCAGCUCCUGGAUGACACUCUACAGAAGGGAACCUUGCCCCAGUUGAAGGAGCAGGUGGAGUCUCUCCUGGAGCGGUAUGAGGGUGAGCAGCCCCCCGAUGUGGAAGCUGACAGUGAGACUUCCAGACUCUGUGCCCUCUAUGUUGCUGCCGCCAUCAUGGUGCAGCUGAGUGCUUCCUCUGCGUCUUCCUAA